GUAUUAAACGAUGUAUGGCAAUGACAAAGCUGAGAACAAAUUAUCUUAGAUAUUUUUUAGUACUUGUUAAUUACAGUUAUGGUCAGGUUACUGACGAGGAAUACGCAUCUAUGCCAGACCUGUUCUAUCAUGACAAUUUUGAUAAAUGCAUGUUGUUAAAAGAAAAGGCAUUCUAUUGUUCCUUAACUUACCAAUUGAAACCUUUAAACGAAACUAGUCCUCCAGAUGUGUGGAAAAUUAUACAGAAAGUCAGCAACGUUUCUACAAACUACAGGCAUGACAAGUUGAGGCAUAGCAUAUGUGUACCACAUUCAUGCCCUAAUGUGUCCAAAGCGUCAGAUGAUGAUCCAAAGUUAUGGAAAGGUAUCCAGGCUUGUUAUGAUAGUAAGUUUUCAGCUCGAGGACUAAAGGGUGAAGUGACACAAAUGAGUUGCGAUACGCAGGAUUCCAAAUAUCCAAUUGAUUGGCUUGAUAUAACAUAUGGUGUAGUUUUGGGUGUUUAUGUGGUUAUUGUACUCUAUGCUACAUUUCGUGAGGGCGUGGCACGCUACGACUCUAAAGAAGUAUACGAUAAACUGAUGGAAACUCCCAAAGGAAAGUUGCUGUCUGCUUUUUCCAUUACUAAAAACUGGAUAAGAUUGAAGACAGUAAAUAGUAAUAAAGAAACGGAAAAGUUACGAUCCAUACAAGUGAUAAGGGUUAGCACUAAGAGUAGUCCAGUGGCCUCCCAUCUAUGUGUUAGGACGAUUGACAUUCAGUGCCUAUUUAAUACACUUGUGGAUACAUUUGGUCAGACUAGGUAUGGCAAGAUAUCCAACGUACGCUAGUAUUACCACCCUGUUGAUCGUCUCUGUCGGUGAUAUAGCAUUGGCAUACAUGUUAGCUACCAUCUUGGCGCUCUUGGUUGAAUUUCCUGUAUCACAAAUCCUGAAGCAACUUUUUUCCAUUGAAAAAGUGGAACAGACAACUGAAAAA